UCUUCUCUAAUCAGGUGCCGCUGGCACGUAGAUACUGGCACCGAGCUCCGCUUGUCGUUCGAGGGAAGGGUCCAAGUUCAGCAGUUCAGUGUGGCUCAACGUGAUGUGAGACGUGUGAAAGCCGCCGAGUGACGACACGCAGGUACAGAACCUGCUCUGUGGCCUCCACGCGCUCCACAUCCUCAUGUGGCCUCACUGGUUCUGACCCUCAGCUGAUGAUGAUGGAGGUGGCCGGUCCCUGGACAGAAGUGUUCGAGGGCUCAGAGGGGUCGGAUCACCCCGGGGGAGGAGACGCGCUGCUGGGAAGCUCCACUCUGACUCUGGCUCCUCUGGUUCCUGACUCUCCUUCCGUCCGCCGCUCCCAGCCCAUCUUAAUCUCCUCAAACAGGGCGAAGGAGUCUCUGUCCGCCUCCGUGCCGUCCAUACCCAACCCCUUCCCAGAGCUGUGCAGCCCCUCAAAGUCUCCAGUGCUCAUCAGUUCACUGCCUCCGCUGACCAGCGACAAACACCUGAUUAAGGUGUUUGGUGAGGACAGCCACAGCAGGUCCGUGUGGGUUUCUCCAGGAGCUACAGCCAGAGAGGUGUGUCACCUGUUGGUCCAGACAGCCCACUGCAGCGACCAGGAGAACUGGGCUCUGCUGGAGGUCCACCCCACCUUGGGCCUCGAGAGGUGUCUUGAGGACCACGAGGUCGUGCUGGAGGUUCAGGCAACCUGGUCUCUCAAGGGUGACACACGACUCAUGUUCUGCAAGAACUACGCCAAGUAUGAGUUUUUCAGGAAGCCAGUGCUCUUCUUCCCAGAGUCCUUGAUCUCUGACAGCGCUGACGGCAGCAGGGGGAUGACGUCAGCAGAGCUCAUUCAGAACCUGCUCCGCUGUGGGUCGUGUCCAGAGAUCCAGAGUUUCUUGCAUGUGAAGGAGCCCAGCCGUAAAUCCUGGAAGAAGGUCUACUUCUUCCUCCGGCGUUCCGGACUCUACUGCUCCACGAAGGGUUCAUCCAAGGAGCCUCGACACCUGCAGUACGUGGCUGAUGUGGAGGAUCUGAACGUGUACACGGUGGUGAACAGCCGUAAACUGUACGGCGCUCCUACAGACUUCACCUUCUGUUUCAAGCCUUCCAAAAACCCCGUCCGAGUUCAGGACUUGAAAAUCCUGUGUGCUGAAAACGAGCAGACGCGGACGUCGUGGACGUCUGCUUUCAGGCUCUUCAAGUACGGGAAGCAGCUCCAGUGUAACUACCAGCUGUCCAAGGCCGCCCCACGCGUUCUGGAGCGGAAGGGAUCCCGACUCGCCGACAGCAAAUCCAAGUCCGAGGCCAGUCUCGUCGCCAUGGACUUCUCAGGAAAGGCCGGAGGGCGAGUCAUCCAGAACCCCACGGAGGCCCAGAGUGCCGAGCGGGAGGAGGGACAGGCCUGGAGGAGGAGAGAAGCCCUGAGGUGCAGUCUGCCCAACCUGAACUCCAAUGCGAGACCUUCCUCCAUCCACAGAUCUCAGCCGUGGUUUCAUGGGGGUGUGUCGAGGACAGAGGCACAGAGGCUGAUAGAGAAGCAGGGGCUGGUGGACGGGAUGUUCCUCAUCCGUGACAGCCAGCAGCACGGCCAGUGUUUCGUCCUGACGCUGUGCUACCAGCUGAAGACCAAACACUUCCUGGUGAUCCCGUGUGAGAAUGGCGGCAGGAAGUACUUCACCAUGGACGACGGCCUGACUCUAUUCAUAGACCUGCUGCAGCUGGUGGAGUUCCACCAGAUCAACAAGGGCAUCCUUCCCGUCUGCCUCAAACACCCCUGCGUCUGCGUCGCGCUGUGACGCCGCGCUUCCUGUCCGUCCUCCGGGUCGAGAUCAGCAGGAACCCUCGUCGCGUCGGCAGAUUGCGUCGAUAUCCAUGACGCGCGGCUGAUAAGGAGCCGUUGAGGCGUCGGGGAGGUGCAAAGGUGUCUGUGCGAUAGCGUUGUUGUGGACUCGAGGGGGAGUGUGAGCCACACAUGAAGCCUCUGCAGACACUUUUCUCAUUUUGACGCCAUGUGCAGCUUCAGACCGAGGGUUUUUUUUAUUUUUUCUUAACGAGCUACUGCCCCUGUGGAUGAGGCUUAAUUAGCCGCACUGGACAGACCUUUGUCGCCCUGGGCACGUUGGGACACAGAGCACUUUUUAAUAAUGUGCGCUUUGACUCAGAUCCACAGGAACAUGAAGGGAGAGGUCCAACACUGGGGACAGCACUGGCUGCACCGCAGGGGGCCGUCCAUUAGGGGGCGUCCUGAGUCAAAGCCAUGGACGAGGACGGUGGUAGUGUUAACAUGCCCGGGUUGCAAUGAUGUAGCAUCUGACUGUUAUUCUCUGUUAGCUUCUCCUCUGUGCCUUAAAACCACCUUGUUUUAAUCAGCAUCACUUCAGCUAACGUCAGUCAGCACCGGGGACAGGUUCAUAAAUAGUCACAGAACGGUCUGUGAAGAGCUGCUUUUUUCCCCUCUACAACAAACUGUUCUCAGACAGUCUCAUCAUAAAAUGAUCAGGUUGGUGGUUCCGUUUUUCACCUUUAAUAUGUUGCACUUAAUGUUUUGUGAUGAAGAUCUAAUGCCAUAAUGUCUGCAUAUAUCCAGAUAUGGGUUUUUAUCCUAAGGUUUGUUUGUUUUAUACAUAUUACAAAUAUUUUGUGACUUUUCAGACUUAUUUUAUAUGUUGAAUAAAUAAUUUCAGACUAACUA